CCUUGGAGCCGAGGCGCGGGGAGUCGCGUUCAGCGCUGCGGGAUAACCGCGCCGGGCGUCAGGCCGGGCCUGAGAGCUGCGAGCGGCCCGCGGGCGCGGGGACCUCCUUCGGGGUGCUGGGUCCGCGCUGCAGCCUCCACCGCGGCCGGAUUGUGUAGAAUCGCGUCCUCCCCUUGGACGCGAAGCUCAGCCCGCUGUCUGGAGCGUGGGAGUCGCCCUUAGAUUUCUGCAUUACGCGGCAGAGCAGCCAGCCUUGCUCUAGUUGUACUCUAAAUAAAUACUUCUUAAAGGGCCUGUCACCCGCGUAGCUCUGUCCUCUGCAUAUACGAGUAAUGAAAAUUCCGUAAGAGGAUAAAGCUUCUCACAGGAGCCACGAGCAUUCCUAAAUUACUUAGCAAAUGACUGCCUUUGCAGCCUUUUGUUUAACUAUAUUUUAAGGGAAAUUUGGAGAUAUAUAGAGCAUCUCCUUGAAGAUGGUGAUGGUAGAAAUUUAUUGAAACUGCUACUGUUGUUAUUUGUCAUGGGCUGUUAUAGAUGUUCUGGUGAGGACCACAGAAUCAUCAUCAUGGCUUUCCUUUGCUCAGAAACCAUUGAUGGGAAGUGAGUGCUUGUUAUACUUGAAGAUUUUCAGUGAAUGGACCUAACUGCACUCUUUGAGAUCAUCAGUAAGCAUGAGUGGUACCAAACCUGAUAUAUUGUGGGCACCACACCAGGUUGAUAGAUUUGUUGUAUGUGACUCAGAACUUAGCCUUUAUCACGUGGAAUCUACUGUGAAUUCAGAAUUCAAAGCUGGAUCUCUACGUUUAUCUGAAGACUCUGCAGCUACAUUACUCUCAAUAAAUUCAGAAACACCCUAUAUGAAAUGUGUUGCCUGGUAUCUCAAUUAUGAUCCUGAAUGUCUCCUAGCAGUUGGACAAGCAAAUGGUCGAGUUGUACUUACAAGUCUUGGUCAAGAUCAUAACUCAAAGUUCAAAGAUUUGAUAGGAAAAGAGUUUGUUCCAAAACAUGCACGACAAUGCAAUACUCUUGCAUGGAAUCCAUUGGAUAGUAACUGGCUUGCUGCUGGUCUAGAUAAACAUAGAGCUGACUUUUCAGUGCUGAUUUGGGACAUCUGUAGCAAAUACACGCCUGAUAUAGUUCCCAUGGAGAAAGUAAGACUUUCGGCAGGUGAAGCUGAAACAACAUUAUUAGUAACAAAACCACUUUAUGAAUUAGGACAGAAUGAUGCUUGUCUCUCUCUUUGUUGGCUUCCACGAGACCAGAAACUUCUCCUUGCUGGUAUGCAUCGUAACCUAGCCAUUUUUGAUCUUCGGAAUACAAGCCAAAAGAUGUUUGUGAAUACAAAAGCUGUUCAGGGCGUGACAGUAGACCCAUACUUCCAUGAUCGUGUUGCUUCCUUUUAUGAAGGUCAGGUUGCAAUAUGGGAUCUUAGGAAAUUUGAGAAGCCAGUUUUGACUUUGACUGAGCAACCAAAGCCCUUAACAAAAGUAGCAUGGUGUCCAACUAGGACUGGUCUGCUUGCCACUUUAACAAGGGAUAGUAAUAUUAUUAGAUUAUAUGAUAUGCAGCACACACCCACUCCCAUUGGAGAUGAAACUGAACCCACAAUAAUUGAAAGAAGUGUGCAACCCUGUGACAAUUACAUUGCCUCCUUUGCUUGGCAUCCAACAAGUCAAAAUCGAAUGAUAGUUGUAACUCCCAACCGAACAAUGUCUGACUUCACUGUUUUUGAAAGGAUCUCUCUUGCCUGGAGCCCAAUUACAUCUUUAAUGUGGGCUUGUGGUCGUCAUUUGUAUGAAUGUGCGGAAGAAGAAAAUGAUAAUUCUUUAGAAAAAGAUAUAGCAACGAAGAUGCGCCUUCGGGCUUUAUCGAGGUACGGACUUGAUACAGAACAGGUGUGGAGAAACCAUAUUUUAGCAGGAAAUGAAGAUCCACAACUCAAGUCACUCUGGUAUACUCUGCACUUUAUGAAGCAGUAUACAGAAGAUAUGGAUCAGAAAUCUCCAGGCAACAAAGGAUCAUUGGUUUAUUCAGGAAUUAAAUCAAUUGUAAAAUCAUCUUUGGGAAUGGUGGAAAGCAGCAGACAUAAUUGGAGUGGGUUGGAUAAGCAAACUGAUAUUCAGAAUUUAAAUGAAGAGAGAAUCUUAGCUUUACAGCUUUGUGGGUGGAUAAAGAAAGGAACGGAUGUCGACUUGGGGCCAUUUUUGAACUCCCUUGUACAAGAAGGGGAAUGGGAGAGAGCUGCCGCUGUGGCAUUGUUCAACUUGGAUAUUCGACGAGCAAUCCAGAUCCUGAAUGAAGGGGCAUCUUCAGAAAGAGGUGAUCUGAAUCUUAAUGUGGUAGCAAUGGCUUUAUCGGGUUAUACGGAUGAGAAGAACUCGCUUUGGAGAGAAAUGUGCAGCACUUUACGAUUACAGUUAAACAACCCGUAUCUGUGUGUCAUGUUUGCAUUUCUGACAAGUGAAACAGGAUCUUAUGAUGGAGUAUUGUAUGAAAACAAAGUUGCCGUACGUGACAGAGUGGCAUUUGCUUGUAAAUUUCUUAGUGAUAGUCAGUUAAAUAGAUACAUCGAAAAGUUGACCAAUGAAAUGAAAGAGGCUGGAAAUUUGGAAGGAAUACUGCUUACAGGCCUUACUAAAGAUGGAGUGGACUUAAUGGAGAGUUAUGUCGACCGAACUGGAGAUGUCCAAACAGCAAGUUACUGCAUGUUACAGGGUUCUCCCUUAGAUGUUCUUAAAGAUGAAAGAGUUCAGUACUGGAUUGAGAAUUAUAGAAAUUUAUUAGAUGCCUGGAGGUUUUGGCACAAACGAGCUGAAUUUGAUAUUCACAGGAGUAAGUUGGAUCCCAGUUCUAAGCCUUUAGCACAGGUGUUUGUGAGUUGCAAUUUUUGUGGAAAGUCUAUCUCCUACAGCUGUUCAACUGUGCCCCAUCAGGGCAGAGGUUUUAGUCAGUAUGGUGUCAGUGGCUCACCAACAAAAUCUAAAGUCACAAGUUGCCCUGGCUGUCGAAAACCCCUUCCUCGAUGUGCACUUUGCCUCAUCAAUAUGGGAACACCUGUUUCUAGUUGUCCUGGAGGCUCCAAAUCAGAUGAAAAAGUAGACUUGAGCAAAGACAAAAAAUUAGCUCAGUUUAACAACUGGUUUACAUGGUGUCACAAUUGCAGACACGGUGGGCAUGCUGGACACAUGCUUAGUUGGUUCAGGGAUCAUGCUGAGUGCCCCGUGUCUGCAUGCACGUGUAAAUGUAUGCAGUUGGAUACAACAGGGAAUCUGGUACCUGCAGAGACCGUCCAGCCAUAAAAUGUUAUCCCCUAAAGAGGAACCUUCAAGUGUGGAGCUUUCUGAUAGAUGUCCUUCAUAGCUCAGAAACAUACCUCAGAACAAGUCACUCGUGACUUUCCUGUAAUGGGAAAAUAAAUCAUUCUAUCAAACCACCAAUUUGAUGUUUGAGUGAUUUUGAUGUACUUCACAGAGACAAAUGCUGCUGAAAUGGACAUCAGAGUGUGGGCAUGAAUUCUGUUCAGUAGGUUGGAAAAGUUCAUUUUGGAAAGAACUUUUUAGGGUUUUGUUGAAAUUAUGAACACUGUGCAAACAGAGUUUCUGAAGUGACCAAGAACAGACCUUGAAACCAUAUUUUUUAUGUUGCAAUUGGUUAUCUUUCAGUAAAAUCUGUACACUUUUAAAAUAGAAUAAUAUGACCAAUUCAGUGAUUCAGACAGUAGUUUAAGCUUACUCAUGCUUAGAUUCCUUCCAGAUUAAAUUUAAAUUGUGGAUUUUUACUUUUAGAAUUAGAAAGCCCCCUACCCUACACUGGAGAAUUAUUUAUCAAGGUAUGAUUGAUAUAUAUAUUUUUAAGGAGUCUCUUCUCUCAUACACUUUGAUUUUAUGGUAAGAAAUCUUUUGGCACAGACAUUUAUUGUCUUCCAAAGAAAAGUCAAAAUUAAGAAUGUAUCUUACAACUUUUUCUCUUCUGAGGAGAAAAAUAUGCACCAUUUCAAGGAAACGUGUAAAAUUUUCCUUUUCAACCUUUUGCUUUCCAAUGUCCUUAUUUGUCUUCAAAGAUUUCUGUCCCUAUUAAUUUAUCAUCUUAUGCUCAUCAUCUGGAAGCAUUUGGCUGAAUACAAAGUCUAUACAAGUCUGUAUGUGACCAACCAUCCAGCAUAAUGUGUGUCACUAUGUCCUACUGUCAGAUUCCCUCUUGCGGAAUAUCCUGUUUUUUCUAAGGUAGACUGGGAGAUGUUGGGGAAACCAGAGUCACUUUGGAGACAAUUUCACCUUUAAUGUAAGUUUCUUAAAGUAAGUAUAUUUGGGCCAAUUUAGGGACUUUAUUUUCAAAUUUUAUUUUUUCCCUUUUCACAGCUAGAUAGUUGGAAGAGAAAUACAAAGGAUUUGUAGCAUCAUCUGACAUAUGCAGAGGACUGAACUGAAUUUCGUAGUUGAAGUUGUACUUAUAGAAAAAUAAAAAGUAAGCCUAAACAUUAUCUUACAGAUUUUGAAGAAAGAAAUAUCUUAAACAAGAAUUUUAGAAGCUUUCAUGUUAGCAAUUUUACCUGGUGAAACUAAGAUCUGUUAGAUAAAUUUGAGGUAUGACUUAAAUCCUGAACAAAGGUGGAUUAAAUUUAUUUUUUACUUUGAGAUCUGUUACAAAAGUCUCUUUUCUAGGAAAACAUUGCAUAUCUACUCUAAACAUCUCACCUAGAUGACAAUCUUUUGUUUAAAUGAAAGAACUGGGAAUAGUUACAAUCUUUUUUAUUUAUUUUUUUAAACAAAGAUUGUUAUUAAGGGGACUUUUUCCAGUCUUCUAAGUAAAUCUUACUGAUUUUAUUUUACUAAAACAUAAACUUUACCUUUAAAGUUGCUUCAGUUGAAGUGUUUCUUUCAAAUUUACUCUGUCCAAAAUAUGAAAAGUCAGCUUUAGUGUCAAACUGUUAUAUACAUUUUCAUUUCUCCUUAGCUAAAGUAAGGUAAAUUUUUGAAUUGAUGCUUAUAAUAGGGUUAUAUCUAAAAUAUUUAUAAUUUUUGGAAGUACAAUAUAAGACAUAAGCAUAAAGUCUAUUAUAUAAUCUGUAAUCACAGGAUGACAUUUUUAAGAAUAAUUGUUUAUGCCUGUGUCAGCCUUCUAAUAUUUUCUGUGAAACCCAAAUAUUCAUAUAAGAUGUCUGUUAUGCUUGUUUUGCAUUUCAUUGUAUGUGGACCAUGAAAAUAGACUAAUUUUUUCAUUUUUGUUACUCAGUCACUAAUAUUUGGGUUUAUAAACUCAACGAGAUAUUUUACCUAAACAUGUUCAAUAGAAGUGUUUAAUAAAAGUGUUUUUAUUAUUUUUUUAAAUUGAAUAAAAAUGGAUUGAAGUCAACAUGUCUAAUCUAGAAAUUAUCUAUGACCACUCUGCAAAUAAUCCAAUAAAAUAAUAAAAUAGUAUUAGUAGUUAUUUUGAUGGCAAAUUUGAUUCUUAGUCUUAGAAGUAACUUUUUUGUAGACUCUGUUUUUCAGCUUUCCAGAAUGGUUAUUAUUCAUUAAAAUGGUAUAUUUAAAAAGUAUCUUUCCAUUGUCAGUGCUACACCCAGUAAGUAUUAGAGUGAGAAACAAAUAGUCCUGCAUUUAAUUGCAUGGCUGGAUGUAAUUUCAGUCACUCAUUUGAGUACAGAUAUUCAAAGUAUGGGUUUUGAAAUUUAAAUUAUAAUCCUAGCCCCAGUAUCUUGGCCAAGUGACUUGACCUUUUUGAGCUUCAAUUUCCUAAUAUGUUAAAAGGUAUAGAAAUUCCUACCUCAUAGGGUGAUUGGGCGUGUUAGGUGAUGAAAUAAACAUGAAGCGUUAUAUCCCUGUCACAUAAUGCUCUGUAAAAGGUAGUGCUUAACAGUCAUUGUUACCUAAUCUUUAUUGGUUACUCAUGUGUCAGUACUUUUUAAUUGAAUAUGGUAUAAUUUAAACAAAGUAUGUACAUUUACAUUUGUCUCAGUAGUGAAAAUUUCCCAAGAGCUUGUUUUUCCAAAUCUGGAUAAAUUAUGGCAUUUUCUUUUGAGAUAGAACUUAGCUACUUUUGUUUAUCCUGUAUUUAGAAUAUUACUUUCUGCUGUAUGAAGAAGUCCUCUGAACGACCACCUAGGAUUUUAAUGUUAUAUAAGAGUGAACCCAGGGAUGAAAAUUAAAAUUUUGGUGAAUCUGGACAGUUGACCAGUAGCCAUUGAAAACUUGAGAUUUUCAUAUCUAUAUUCAACUCUUAAGUCCUGGCCUUCAUAGGAGAAAGUAUCCAGUAUUUUCCCAGUAAAAUCCUUCCUUUUCUGCCAUUCUAUUACACUUGAUGUUCAUUUAAGUUAAAAUGUUGGGGGGAUGGUGAUAAUAAAAAAGGAAGUACUACACUGUGAGGUUUGUUCUUCUUCGGGAUGGCUGUAGUUAAAACAAGUGGGCAUUAAGUAGUUGUACAUGUCUAACAUCUGCUCAGAUAGAGGCGUCAGAGAGAGGGGAGAGGCAUUUUAGGUGUUAGUUCAGCAUCCUCGUAUAGAG